AUGCUCGACCCGGUCUCGGCGAUCGGGUUGGUCGCGGCCAUCGUGCAAUUCGUGGAAUUUGGCGCCGAAAUCAUCCAGGGCGCGCGGGAAGUCCACGGCGCCACGUCGGGCGCGACAGAGCGCAACCGGAGCCUCGAGGUGGUCGUGCGACAAACGAGAGACAUGAUCUCCAAGCUCAAUGACCCGGACUACGCGCAGGACACGGAGGACGGGAAGGCUCUCGGCCGCGUGGCCCACGAAUGCACGAUUCUGGCCAACCAGAUGCUCCACCUUCUCCAAAAGGUCAAAGCCAAAGAUCCCAACUCGACCCUUCAGGCUGUCUGGGCAGCACUGAAGAACCAGAGAUAUAGGGGAGAAAUGCUGGAACUGCAAGAACGGCUGGACAGUUGCCGGAAUCACGUCGAAUUCCAACUGAAUUAUUUGACCAGUGCCGAGACAAAGAGCAGAUUGGCCGUCCUGGUUGCCUCUACCGAAGGUCUCGCUGAUCAAUUGGGAAUUCUCCAAAAGCAUGUCGAGGAACUUCGCUGUGGGACUAAGGUCACGACCCUGAGCCGCAAGGCUCAAGAACAACUCCAAAAGCUUGUGCAGCUCUCAGACGAGACUCUUAGUAAGAUCAAACACCAACAUGUCCUCGCGGCCCUCGCAUAUAGUGGCAUGGAAACAAGGUUUGAAGAAGUCUCCGAAGAACAUCGCAAAACCUUCGAAUGGAUUUUUGAAGACACCACCGGAAGCCUAGGGCGUGGCGCUUCCAACCAAGAGUCCUUUGUGCAUUGGCUGUCUGCUGGAAGAGGCAUCUUUCACAUAUGCGGAAAAUUAGGGUCUGGGAAAAGCACAUUGAUGAAGUUUCUGUGCAACCAUCCUCGCACUGAAGCUGAACUACAACACUGGGCGGGCGACCGCAAACUCGUAUUUGCAAAGUUUUUCUUCUGGAGGGGGGCUACAACAGCGGAACAGAAAUCCCUAACUGGUCUUCUUCGGUCGCUCCUCUAUGAGACGCUGCGUGCCUGCCCUGAACUCAUCCCUGAAGUUUUGCCAGACCUCUGGGCCCAGCUGGACGUGUCGUUGCCCCAGCAGCAGGCAGGGACGAGGCUCGAUCUCGGAAAGCUGCGGACUCGACAGGCAGUUUCCAGUCUUAUCCACCAUCGAAACUUGUACCGGAAACACUGUUUCUGCUUCUUCGUUGACGGACUGGAUGAAUUUGAGAAAACUGCCCAGGACGGCUAUGGAGAUCUCAUCAGACUGCUUCAAAGUUGGACUGACGCCGCUCCGGAAGCCGUCAAAAUCUGUGUCUCCAGCAGAGAGGACCUCGUCUUCAUGGAUGCUUUUUCUGGGGAGAAAAGAUUUCGCCUUCAGGAUCUCACAAGAGACGAUAUCCAUCGGUACGUCCAAGAUAAACUGCCGGUCAUCGAGGCCGACGGAAAAGGUGCAGAGUUGGCCCAAAAGAUAACCGAAAGAGCUGAUGGAAUCUUCCUCUGGGUCGCCUUGGUGGUCAAGUCGAUCCGGGACCAGCUGGACGAAAACUACGAGCUCUCCGAUGUCCAAGAAGAGCUCGAUCGGCUUCCCAGCGAGCUACAGGGACUCUUUGAGUAUCUUCUCAAGUCAAUUAGCAGGUCGGGCCGCAAGAGAGCUUACCGCACGUUUGCCAUGGUGCUGAAAUUGCGACAUUACGAAAUCAACAUGCGGUUACUGGCGUAUUCUUUUCUCGAAGACUACGAAAGGAGCCCGUGCUUCGCGAUGGAAGCAUCCUUUCCGUUCUGGGAUAUGGGUGAUUUCAGGCGAACAGGUCGAGAGGAGCUUGCGCGCAAGAAACUGUAUCGGAAUUGCAGGGGACUUCUCGAAGUGAAAGAAGGCGAGACAGGCAUAACAGUCACUCAUCGGUCCAUCCUGGAAUUCCUCGAGAGCCCGACUGUCAAGGCUGAGAUGAAGGAUGGCAUUGAUGGCUUCAGUACGGAGGACGCAAUUUCUCAACUCUUCCUGGCGGAGUUGCAGUGUCAAAAGAAAACACUUCCAACGUUCCACCUGAGCCAUAUUGUGUUUGCUGUGGUCGAUAUGCGAAAGCGAAGCAACAUGGAUCAAGACCCGUUCCGUUUUCUAGAGACCCUCUGUUCCGCUAUGAUUUACCACGAUGGGGUGCCGACGCUGCCCAUCAGGGAAUUCAUACUCGUGGAGACGGGCCGGGGAGCCGCUGUGGCGACUGGCUUAUUCAGAGAAAGCCGUUUUGCUGGCAGUUUCACGACUUCGCCGCUCCAUAUUUCGGCAUUCCAUGGAGGAUGCGAUUACAUUGCCUGGAAGUUCCAGCGCGAACCCACCAUUGUCGAGAACGCUUUUGAAAUCGGUAUCAUUCUGUGCUGCAUUACGCUUCCACCUAAGUUCUAUCUCGAAUCCUUCGACAAGAAACUGGAGCUGCUCGAGCUCAUCCUCAACCGCGGCCUCUCUCCCAACGCCGUCAUACACACCUGCAGCCCAAACAGCAACUUUGACGGGGAAUUGAGUUUCUGGCAACAUUUCAUCCUUACUCUUGUGCCCUUGCCGGACAAAGCCAAACGAGGAUGUGGGAGGCUGAUUCAGAUGUUCCUGGAACGCGACGCAGACCCUUAUAUGUGGAUGUCAAAGGGCCAGCCAUCUCUAGUGGAUCAGCGGGUGCGUUAUCCCGUCAUAAUAACACUUGGGAGAGAGCGAUGCCAGACCAUCGUGGUGGAGCACGAAAAGUUCUACAAAUCGGUUCUACAGCUUCUUGAAGGAGGCAAGGAGAUUUCGGUUCGAGAAAUGCUUGAGUCUUGGAAACUCGACAAUGAGGAGACGAUUCUGCGACUGCUCGAUAGGAAUGUCCGACGACGCGAACUGAUGGCGGCGAACGUGGGCAUCGUGGCGGACAAUCGGGUGCCUGAAGACCAGGAGGAGGGCGCGGACCAGGAUCUGGACCUCUCUGACCCUCAGCCGGCGCAGCAACAACUUACACCAGCUUCAACCUUGGAAGAGGCGAAGCAUUUAACCACGAAAGACUCUGGGCUAUGGGUUAGAUUGACGACCGGAAUCCAUGUCCCUUCAUUUGUCUUGGGUAAGGAUCCUUGUGGCUUUCUUCUUAUCCCGAAUAUGGACAAUGAUGACAACCUUCUCGAGUCUGGGAGAACGGCGUGA